GGUGACUCCUGCUCCUGCGCCGGGUCCUGCAAAUGCAAGAACUGCCGCUGCCGGAGCUGCCGCAAGAGCUGCUGCUCCUGCUGCCCCGCCAGCUGCAGCAACUGCGCCAAGG